AUGGCUGCCGUGAUCGUCGUCCUACACGUUUACGACGAUAGGCCGCUUUCAGAAUGGCCUCAUAGGGUUUCUCUCAACGCCGUCAUCUCCACCCUAGCCCUGGUGUCCAAGGCGUGCCUACUCGCCGUUACCGCGUCAUGCAUCAGCCAGCUCAAGUGGACGAGAUUGACGAACCACAGACGCCCGCUGAUCGAGCUCGAGCAGUUCGACGCAGCCUCGAGGGGCGUGAGAGGUUCCUUGCGGAUGAUAGUCACUCCGGCGUUGUGGCAUAUCGCUUUGGUGGGGGCCGUGGUGACCGUGGCCGCCAUCGCCAUCGGACCUUUUACACAACAAGCCAUUACUUACCCCUUGCGCACCGUUGCCGUAUCCACGGCGAUAGUACCACGGACUCAAACAUAUCAAAAUGCGGCACCUGGAGGAUUACUGGGGAUCCGAGACGUUCCCCUGACAAUGAAAGCGGCGGCUUAUAGUGGUCUGUUCGAUCCAGGCGCCGCUGCAACGCGUGCAUCGACAACCGCUCAAUGCAGUACUGGCAAUUGCACUUUCUCCGAGUAUACAUCGCUAGCGGUGUGCAGCAGAUGUGUGAAUGUGACUCGGUUGGUGGCUCGGAAUGGUUGCUCCGGCUCCGGGUCCAGCACCCAGUGUAGGAGUUAUACGCUGCCAAACCAGCUGCUGCUCGACGGUGACGGAGGAUUGAUCAAUACCACUGCAAACACGAUGCCCAACCAGGUGGUGGUGGAAAACCUCGGUGCCAGCCUGAUCAACCUCUCCAUCAUCUUAUCCCAGGCCAACUUCUCGACGACACCUGAUGAUAUCAGAGCUUACGACUGCAGCAUCUACUUUUGCUUACAGAAGUACCAAACAAGCUUCCAAAAUGGCGUCUUCAAAGAAAAUGUCAGUGACGAAUAUAUUUCUGACGUACCUCGCGAGAACUCGACCGUCGGCUACAACAUCGCCGCUCCGCCAGCGUUCGUUGCCCCGAACGAGCAGACGAACUUCGCAGUGAGCGACUUCAGCUAUCAAGCCGUAGGCUCGUAUCUUCGGAAACUCCUUGUUGGGGACGCUUUUGCCAUCCUCGCGGAGGCGUCGUACAGUUCAGAUGCAAUGGACGCCUUGUACAACUCACUGUCUUCCGAUGGCAGUGGCACCUCCAUCAUUGAUGCGUUGGCAAGAAGCAUGACAGCCGAGAUCCGCUCAAGCCCCGGUGCAAACAUUGCGUGGGCAUUGGGGGCAAGCACGCAGGACAGUACGUACAUCCAUGUGCGCUGGGCGUGGCUCGCACUGCCUUUGGCUUUGCAGGCUCUGGCGCUCUUGCUCUUGGGUAUGACGAUGAUUUCGAGCUUCCGCAGCAGGACUCCCAUCUGGAAAUCUUCUCUGCUCGCCGCUUUGUUCCUAGCACCUUCGGGCAGCGUUUCUGGGGGGCCAGAACCCCAACAAGGCGUUUCAGCACUCAAUAGCGAUGGAAACGUCUCCUCCAAUGUCUGCACGCUGAAAGAAAUGGAAGCAAAGGCCAAAGAGAUGCGGGUGCGCCUGUUGCGUGACGAGGGUGGCGGGCUGCGCCUACAAUAG